UGUUUAGGGGUUUCUCGAGGGCCAAGGCAAAGUCAUCCGGGCAGUGGGGCCCAAAGGUGUGGAGAGGCUGGAGGUUUUCAGGGGAUGGAGAACAGUGCUCUGUGGCAGAAUGUGGAAUGCAGAGGUCAUUGGGGUGUGAGGGUGGAGAGGUGGGUGAGAGCCAGGCCCCUAAGGCCACAGUGACUCUCUCUUGAGAGCAAUGGGGGGCUAGAAGAAGGUUGUGAGGUGGGGAGGGACAGCGCCAGCCGCAGGUGCCCUAUAGAUCCCUCUGGGAUAUGCAGGGAGGUCAGAAAGGACAAAGGAGCUUGGCAAUGCAAUGGGUAUGACUGGGACCGGAGCAUGAGACGGAGAAGAGGGAAGGGGCCAGAAAGAUUCAGGGGCUGGAAGGAAUGGGACACAGGGAUCCAAGGGCUUUGUGGAGUGAUGGGCAGGAGGGGGCCAGGUUAGUGCCCAGGGUUCUGGUGCAACCAACUUGGGUGGGAUGGUGGGGUCAUCCCUGUUUUGGUGGGAGAUGUUGAGCUCAGUUGGGAUGUGGUUGGCAGGGGUCUGGGACAGAGAAGUGGGCUGGAGAUGGUUUGGGUUGCUAUCAGAGAAUCAGUGGCCGAGGGAGUCGUGGCUGUGAGGAAACUCAUCGGGUAAGAAGGUGCAGGAUGGAGAUUCCAGGAAAACCAGCCCUGGGAAGUGGAGGGAAGAUCAAGAACAGGAGCCUGCAUGGGGGUCUGAGAGGGCACAGCCAGAGAGUUGGGGGCCUGGAGAGCUUCUGGGGUCAAGGGAAGAAUUUUCAGCAGGAUAUGGUCUAUCGUGUCAUGGCCAUCUGACUCUGAGCUGUCACUUUGUUAGAAAAGCUGUGUGUGGGGGGGUUUUUGUGUGUGUGUGUGGGUGUGUGUGGGUGUGGGUGUGGGCGGGUGGUUAUCUCUUUAAGUGGCUGAUGAGAGAGGGGGUUCUGGAACUCCUCCUGCCUCACAGAGACCCAGUCUCCCUUCCCCCACACCUCUGGACUCUGUGUCUAAGAAGCCCCUUGAGCUGGGUGUCAGGCAUUUAGCAGCCUCCCUGGCAUGGGGAUGAAGCGGCGCCUUCAGAGCGGGGGCACCUUGCUGGGCUUCUUGACCCAAAUCCUCACGAUUCUCUCCACUGCCACCAACUACUGGAUCCACUACCCUGGGGGCCACAGUGGCCUGUGGAAGGAGUGUAAUGGCGGCAUCUGCUCCAACAUCCCCUGCCAGACCAUGCUGGCGGUGGCGGGCGCGUGCAUGGUGCUGGCGGCGUGCUCCGCCGUCGUGGGUUUGGUGAUGGGGCUGAGGAUUCUGUGCCACGAGGGUGACUCGCGGGGCCAGACUAUGAGCGGCACCUUCUUCCUCUGCGGGCUGCUGCUGCUGAUCGCCCUGACAGGCUACACCGUCAAGAACGCGUGGAAAGACGACGUCUUCUUCUCAUGGUCCUAUUUUUCGGGGUGGCUGGCUUUACCCUUCUCUAUCCUCGCGGGUAACCUGGACAGCGGGACGAGGGUGGAGGAGACUGCCCUGAGCACCCCCCUCCCCAUAGACUCCCCGUCGCCCUCCCAGGGACUCCCCAGCACACUCCGCUCCCGACUCCCGCACACCCGGCAGGAUCGCCCUUAGAGCUCCGGACCCCCGUCCCCGGGGCGCUCCCCGUCAUCCGCCCCAGGACCCACCGUCCCCCACCCGCCCUCCGCUCCUCUCC